UGACAACCCUAGAACCGAAGCGCCUACCCAAGGAGCCCUAAAGCGCCGACGAUGAUGACAACGACGACUGCGUCUAGCAACGACGCAACCAAUGUGAAAGCUUCUCAAUUUGUCGUACAUUUUCCGGCACAACAGACGCAAUAAUUUUUUGGCGGAGUCGCGAGAACUGUGUGUGUUAAACGCAAAUUCCAACAGUUUUUGGCAAUUAUGUAAAGUGUUUGCAGAAAAUUUGCAAGUGAAAAUGAAUAAAAUCGUGGUACCAUAAACAUUACGAAACUCAAACCUAAAAAAAAAAAACAAACAACUAACAAGCAAGAGGAAGAGAAAGUGUGAAAACUCUUGAAAAGUGCUGACAAUUAAAAACAAUUUUCGCAACAAACAAAAAUUAAACAAAAAUAAAAUCACAAUAUAGAGCAAAACUAAAUCUUGAAUGUCACACAAAAUGUUGCAAGUGCCGGCAACAACAUUGUUGUUGCUCAUUGCACUGCUUCAGCUAGCUGCCACUGUCGCUGUGGCAGCUGCAGCAACUGGAAACGGCGACACAACAACAACCAGCAUCUUGGAGCGCCAAAUUGAUUCAAGUCUGCAGAAUGCCAAGCUGAUUGAGAGCAAAGUGCUGCCCGAUUUGGUGGGACUGCAACGCAAUCAGGAAGAUGACAAGUGGCAACACAUUUACCGGUUUAUUGACGAUGGCUUUCCAGUUUUAGAGCUAUACGGGUAUAAGACCAAGCCAGAUAUACCUUACACAUUAAUUAUACCCAAAAUCGAUGUGCGCAGCAUUGAGAAGCCGCGAUUGAAGGAGUUCAUGUUGGAACACUUGGUGCCUGGUAAAAUCUUUGAUAGUUACAAUGCCGUAUCAACUGGCAAGGAAGAGGAGGAGCCAAAUGGUAAUGGAAAUGGACAUAAAAUCGUUUUUCGUAAAUUGGAGAAAUCCCACAACAAUGUUUGGCUACUCAAUGGACAGCAAAUACUCUACAAGCUUCGUAUCAAUGAACAUUUGAUGGCCAUUGGAAUUGAUGGUUAUUUGGGUGAUAGAAAAUCGCCCUACUCCAAGCGUAACAUACAGGAAACGAACAAUCGCUACAAUGACCCACAGCCGCUGGAGCAGCCGAACAUUACAAAUGCACACGCCAAAGUGGAGCCCAUUAUUAAGGAAUCAAAGGCCAGUCCAUUGAUGUCGUUUUUGGCCAACAUGAAGACGGGCACAAAAGUGUUCCAACAUUUUCUAUCGAAAAGCAAUCUGACACGCAUUAUGGAUGAUAAUGCCUACACGGUUCUCAUACCAUCGGACAAUGCCUUCCAACGUUGGCAUCCCAUCGAUUGGGGAUUUUAUCCAUUUAGUGUGCCCGAGUUCACCGAAAGUGUAUUGCGUAAUCAUUUCCUGCCCAUGCAGCGUCCAUUGCGUAUCUCCGAUGUCAAGAACGUGGAUCAAAUGAUUGUCCAUACCAUGGGCGGUGAGGAUGUGGUAUUCCAUGGUCAACCCACGCCCACUGUGAAUAAUGUGAGCAUUAUGUCCGACUACACGCUCUCCAAUGGCAACCAGGUUUUCAUUAUUUCCGAAGUAUUAUUUGUCUCCGAGGCUGUGGUUUCCAAAUUACAUCAGAUGCACAAGGAUAAGGAAACGCCUCCAUUAUUGGCAUUCCCGUGGUUUGGUGCACAGUUUCUAUCGCAUUCAUUCUUGGCCUUGGAGCGAGAUUCUCGAUUUACGCAAAUCACAAGAUAUCUAAACAAUGCGGAAAUCGCUCCACACAUCUCUGGAGCCAACUAUACGUUCUUCGUGCCCGAAGACAAGGCCUUUGAAAAGCUGGGCUUCGACAGACUCUCCGAUGAUGUUAUGGCCUCGCAGCGUGGCAUUAAGAUGUUAUUGAAUCACUUUGUGCGUGGACGCCUCUACAAUCGGGAUCUGCGAGAUAAUGAGGUAUUUGAGACUAUUGGAGGCGGUCAUUUGAAGAUAACCCGAAAUCCAGGAAGCAACUAUACGAGCGUAAAUAAUGCACAGAUUACAGAGAGCGAAGUGUUUGUCUAUAAUCUGGGCACCAUGUACUAUAUAGACGAUAUACUUUAUUCACAUAUGCUACGCGAUCAUAUUACCAAAUCGACUAAAACGAGAUCAGAUCGAAAUGGUGGCGAGGGCGGCGGGGGUUCACGUAGUACCGUCCGUCCCAGUGAUGUGGAGAUUGUUCCCAAUGAAUUUGAGAGCGAGCAUAAUGGCGGUGAUUAUGCCAUACAUGGCGAUGAUGAUGAGUUCGAGGAUGAGAUUAUAACGCCAAAAGCGUUGCCCGUCCAGUUUUAUGAGUUGCCCAAGUAAGGAAUUGAUUGAUAUAUGAAAUUGGAUAAAAUACUUGUAAUAGUUUCGUGGGAAGUUUGGCCGAGCCGUAAGAGAGUUUGAUAUUGUGGGGAGUUUUAAAUGUGUAUGUGGACGCGCUUAAAGCGUUUUGUAUAGUUCUGAGCUAAUUUUUUAAAGAUUUUUUAGUUAAUAUAUAGUUUGCUUAAGUUUAGCAUCGAAAUGAGGCGGUGAAACGACGUAUACUACAACAACAAGAACAAACAUAUACCUUAUCCUAAAGUAAAAUGAACAAACAACUUAUCAGCAAUUUCAAAUGAAGCUUGUAGACAUAGCGACAAAUUGAAAAAUAAAACACAGAAACAAUUAUAUUAUUGCAAAAUUUAAAAAUAAAUUAAAAGAACUAUAUAUACUUACAUUAUAAUACAUAUAUGUAGGAAUACUACGAGUAUAUGCAAUUAGGCGCUCUUCGGGUUUUUGUGCUUCUUAUGAGUCUAACCAUAUGAGAGACGAGAAGAGAGGGCAUAGCUAAAACAUAUCGGCUAUUAACAAAAAUUUAAAAAUUAUCUGACAUUGAAGAGAGUAGUAAACGAAACUCAAACUUUGGAAUUCAUCGUAGCCAAGCGCAAUAGUUGUGAACAAAGUAAUAUCUAUAAUGAAUACGAGCAUAUUAUUAUGACAGAUAUUAUACAAUAUUUUUAGUUUCUAAUUAAUAUAAUUAUAUGUAUCUGUAUCUGUGUAUAUGAGCAAGAGCAAGAAGAAUAAGCAAUGAAAACGAAACAUGCAAUUUUAUAAUAGUUUGUUAAAAUAAAAAUAAAGCCAUAAAAGAGAACCAAAA